UAUCAGAGUGGUGGCUACGAAGUGGAGCUUUUUGUAGACCCCCCUGACCAUGACCUUAUCUGUAUCAUAUGCAAAGGGGUUCUACGCUGCCCUGUGCGUGUGGCAUGUAACCAUGUCUUUUGCAAGAAGUGCAUUUUGCUCUGGAUGAGGAGACAGGAAACAUGUCCAUGCUGCAGGAAACCUGUCAGCCAGCGCCUUAUGUUUGUUAUGUUCAAGCUCAGUAAAUCCAUUGGCCGUUUACCAAUCAAGUGCCAAAAUGAGCAGCAGGGUUGCACAGCCACCUUCCCUCUCUCAGAGCAAUACCUCCACACCUCUACAUGCCCAUUUGAGUGGCUGCUGUGUCCACAACAGGGCUGUGGGUCUAGAAUACUGAGAAAAGAUGCCCAGGCACAUGCUCAGGUCUGCGAAUACUGGAGGCAGCUUUGCCCAAUGGGUUGUGGCACACUCCUGAACCAUACUAAUCAGGCCAAGCACAACUGCUACAGAGAGCUGCAGGAGCACUAUAAGACCCAGCGACAGAUGCAGCGAAACAUCGCCUCUGCACUGCGCAGGAAGAUGCAGCGCAUGCAAAGCCGCAUGGCCCACAUGACUCGACAGAUCAGCCUGAUCUGUGAAAGCCUGGAGCUCAGUGAGAACCUGGAAGAAGAGGAGGAGGAAGAGGAAAGCCCUGGUGAGGGAACCAGCACAGGAAGAAGUUUCAGAGUGGGCCAAAGCCCCAUCACACGCAACAGCUCCAGCAGCAGCAGCUCCUAG